CGGGGGUGGGGUAAUCGGGUAGAGAGAGCUCUAGAGUGAGAGGCGCUGGUGACUGGAGAGGACUGAAUUUCCUCCCCACCUCUAAAGAACUCUGCUGCCUGUCUAUCGCAGCCUUUACGCGGGAGCUGAAAGCACAGUGGAAUACAGGGCUUUCAGAGAGGGUUUACGGAAUAUAUGUUUUCCUCCAAGCCAUUUUGCUUUCGUUGUUUCAACGCAUAUUUAUCUUCCUCAACAUCAUAGAAACUCCUGGUCACACUUUGUCGUGGAGUAGGUUAUUGCCAAGGGUCGGAGCGCCACUUCAAUUCCCUUUUACAAGUCCAAACACUUUCUCUGGGAUCUCUGCGCGCCCAGUUCGAAAUGCUGGUCGGAAGGAGACCGUGUUGGAGGCAAUUGCAGGCUUCUUUUUUCAGACUCCUGUGUCUUAUUCCUACAGGGUUCCCCGUCCGAAGUGUGGAUAUGCAGCGAGCGACCGACAACAUUACUAUCCGCCAGGGUGAUACAGCGGUUAUCAGGUGUUAUGUGGAUGAUAAGGUGUCCAAAGUUGCCUGGCUCAACCGAUCCAACAUCAUCUUCGCUGGGGAGGACAAGUGGUCGCUGGACCCGCGUGUGGACCUGGUGAACAAGGGCCAGCUGGAGUACAGCCUUCGCAUCCAGAAAGUGGAUGUGUACGACGAGGGCUCCUACACAUGCUCCAUCCAGACCAAACAGCAGUCCAAGACCUCUAAUGUCCAUCUCAUUGUCCAAGUUCCGGCAAACAUUUACAAAGUUUCGGAAGACAUCACUGUGAACGAAGGCAGCAAUGUGACAUUGAGUUGUCUAGCCAAUGGGAGGCCAGAUCCAUCAAUCACCUGGCGACUGCUCAAUCCAUCAGCCGAUUCUCUAGAUGGGGAGGAGUACCUGGAUAUAUCGGGGAUCAUGAGGAACCAGGCGGGACGCUACGAAUGCAAAGCCAGCAAUGACGUGGCCACACCGGAUGUCAAAUACGUCAAUGUUGUCGUCAACUAUCCUCCCGCCAUCAAGAAUGCCAAGAGCUCUGAAACCCAAGUGGGCCGAAUGGGGGUUCUUCAGUGUGACGCGGCCGCAGUACCCAAACCAGCGUUUGAGUGGUACAGAGAUGACAAGAGGCUAUCCAACGCCCAGGGAAUCAGCAUCCAGAUCGUAGGGACCACAACUGUCCUGAUGAUCUCCAACGUUACAGAAGAGGACUAUGGAAACUACACAUGUGUUGCAACCAACAAACUCGGGAUCCAAAAUGCUAGUCUCUUCCUCUAUAGACCUGGGACGGGUCGAGACAUCAACGGCGCCGCCUGCCUAUCCCAGUCACUGUGGCUCCUCCUGGCCUCCAUCACCUGCCUUCUCUUCAAGUGUUAAUAGCACCACCAACCUACCAUUGUUAUUACCUACCCGGUUAUUACAUUGAGACUGUUUGCAUAACGUAACAAAAAUCCUGAUGUGCUUCGACGCACCAAACUAGAUAAUAAGAAAAUAGAAUGGGCUUUAUUAAUAAGUUUUAGUAACAAAAAAAUAUGAAAUGGAGAAAAUGGAACAAAGUGUUUUUUUUUUUUUUUAAAGAAACAGUUAUUACCAUUUGAAGAUGCCGAAGUCUUGCUUUUCCGCUGUCAUUACUCUUGUUUCAGUUGGGGGGGG